UUUUUUACAUCGAUCGUUGCCUUUGAUGUUUUGCCCCCACUUUUGGACGCCUGAACGUACCAGCAUUGUAGACACCGUCCAUAUCACCAAACGAAGCUUACACAGCUAAAUCUCCAAGAAGAGCUACUCUUCUGCCCUCAGCUACCAGAACAUCCUCAACUUGAACCUGAAAUUAUAUCACCUGAGUAGCCCAAUCAAGCCUCUGGAUUACGUUACAUAGAGGUGGCCGCCUUAGGGCCACGCAAAAAUGUUAGACUGGCUGAAGGCCCUAUUUACGAAAAAGGAAGAGUCGACCGCGCCCUCGCGAAGAGCCAAGAGGGCAACGAAACGCGCGAGAAAGGCGCGGGCGAAACGACGGGCUGAGCUGGAAGAGGAACUCAGACGUAGGAGGAUGGGAGAUGGAAAAGUUCCCUUCUUUAUGGGUUCUGUGAUACCCGUCUUAUGGGGCACGCCGGGCCAGAGUGUUGAGAAGCAGCAUGAUCGGAAUACUGUUGUGAGGUAGAGUUGAAUCAACUAAAUUUCUGGACUCGGGACUUGAUUAGGGUGGCCAGGAUAGCAUAUAUCACAAUAUCCUGAGAACUUGGAUAAUAACGAUUAAAUACAGAGGGAACUGUAGUGCUGCUUGGUGGAGGACCAAGAUCUGAUUGACAAGAAGCAUGGGAUUCUGAAGAUAGGGUCGAAAUUACUGAGAGCCAUAGGAUGGAGGCCCCAGGGAGGGUUAUUUUGCAAGCUGUUGAUUAUUUGCACUAUUAACAAUACAUUGUCCUCUAAUACAGGCACUAUGUAUAGUCUGGGCCAUGACUCUGUUAGUCGCAGUCUUAUCAUAAUGACAACUGUCAUCUUUCGGCUCUUUAUUAGUGACUGUAUAUACUACUAUUGUGCGGGGACCGGCCGAAUAAGUUUGGGAUCGAGGUUU